GCUCGCUGCCAAUAGGCCACGGAUCACUUCCAUUUUUUCCUUUUCUUCGGCUCUUGUCUUCUUCCUUCCUUCCCCUGGCUCAACACAGACAGAGAGAGAAGGCGAGGCGAGAAGAAGCGGCGGCCAUGGCUGGACAGGUGAGCAAGGAGGAGGUCGGGACCGUCCUCAUGCAGGCCAUGCUCGCCGCCAAGAACCUCCGGCCCCAGCGCGACCGCCUCAUGCAGCUCCGGCGCCGCCUGCAGCAGCUGAGCCCCGGCGAAGACGACAAGGCCGCGGUCCAGGAGCUCGCCACCAACCUCUUCAAGGUCUACUACAUCGGCAUCGAGGCCGGCGCGCGCUCCAUCGCCACCUGCCUCGAGCUGGCGGCCGAGAACGGCGCCCGCCUCGCCCUCAACCCCGCCUUGGCCGUCGUUCCCAACGAACACCUCUACAGCGCGCUCCUCACGCAGCGGCUCCCCGCGCGCCCCACCACCCAGACGCAGGCCUUCACGCGCGCCGAGGCCACCUUCCACGCCGUGAAGCUGGCCCAGGAGCACUACCUCCCGCGCUGCAUCGAGUACCUCGUCGGCGACCGCCCGCCCCUCGUCACCGACGAGUUCUCCGACGACGGAAGCGAGGACGAGGAGGAAGAGGACGACCCGGUCGCGGCCGUCACCGAGGGCCUCGCCAAGACCGACCUCUCGGAUGCGGACGCUGCCCCGGCCGCCACCGGCGAGCCUCCUCAGGCGGCGGCCAGCGGCAGCGUGGACCUGGACAAGGCGCGCACCUGCCUCAACCACGCGUGCACCCUCGUCAGCCUCGCCGUCAAGCACAUCGACCUCGCCGUCGUCGUCAUCUCCAGGUUCGUCGACCCUGAGGAGGUCGCCAGCCUCUCCGACUUCACCGACAAAUUCGCCUACAUCUCCGAGGACGGACCCUAUCCAGCAUCAGACUGAGUGAUUCGCCUGAUCGAGGCUGUGAGACGAUGAAGGGGUGGGGAUCCCUUGCAUUGUUCAUCCAAGCCGACCGCUCAUUUACAUCGCUUUCUAGUUUGCAACGCUGUAAUUCAGAAGCUAGUUUAAUUUCUGGACCUCAAUGGUUUUCUUAGCUUGAUUCCGAGUAAUCCUAAUGUAAUCGUUACCUGCAUUUAUCUGUGUGGACGAUCAAAUUUGCAGCAGCCCAUCUCAGAAUUGUGAUA